AUGAAAAAUUAGAAUAAAUUAGAGACUCUUUCUAUAUAUCCCAACGAUAGUGAUUCUUAAGAGAUAUAUCCCUUAUAUGACAUAGAGAUAGCAAGAAUUUUUGACACCGAAGACUUUUUAUAAUAAACAUUGUACACUAUAAUUCGACAAUGCUAUGGGUAUAGGAAUUUAACAAGGAUGUGGCCUAAAUUAUCAUAAUAAUAGUUAACUAAAGGUAAGUAUGAGAACUAUUAUCAAAAAAUAAUCAAUAAUCGAAUUUCGAGAUUUCCCUAAUUAAAUUUAUAAGGCAUUCAAUAGAUAGAAGGGAAGCGCUAUAAGAUAGUAUUAUAUUCAGAAUUGAUGUUCAAAUUGCAUCCUUAAAAAAUGUUAUGUUGCAUUUGUGAAAAAGAAAUAUUACUUAGCAUUGUUGAGGAGCAUUCUUAAUUGUGUCUUAAAAAACACAUGCUAAACAAGGACAUUUACGCAUUGUAGGAUAAGAUUUAGGAGUUAUCGGAGGAAAUUAACAAUAAGGAGAUUGAACUUAUAACUAAAAUAAAUUUGUAUAGUAAAUAAAGGAUGUCAGAGAAAAAUUUAAGCCAUUAAAACAGUCCAGUAAUGAGCAGAAGCAAAUAACAAAUUACUCUUUCAAAGUUUGCUCAAUAGAGUGAUUAGAGAUAAAGAGGAAUUUAAAGAGCAAAAACCAUUAACAUUUCAGAAGACAAUAGCAUUAGUGAGUUCCCAACAUUUCAUUAAAGAAAGCCAGGUAGGAAUUUCACUCGCUUGGAGUCGUCUAUGAGCAUGAGUCCAGAUAGCCAAAAAUAAAUAAAAUGUGCUAUAUCUUUACUGAAAGUCACUCAACAAUAUUGCUAAAAAAUAUUAAAAUAGGAUAAUUCAUUUGGUUUAGACAUAGAUGCCAAAUUUUAAUCUUUGAUCAAAUUAGGAUUACCUGAGAUUAACCAUUUGAGCGAUGUAAGCGAAUUAAUGAAGAGAUCCUUAAGUUUAAUUACACAACGAUUGGAAUUAAAUAAGUAAGUCAAUAAGAUUGAUGCUGCUUAAGUAUAAUUGUAAUGUGGAUCUAUUGAAAAAUUAAAGAAAAUCUUCCAAAAAGGAUUAUCAAACUCUUAUAAAUAAGCAGGAACCUCAUUAAUUAGUAGAAAUAAAAAAGGAGUUAAUACUGGAGGCAAAGUGAGAAUUAUGGAUUUAGUGAAACCUCUUAAAUCUAAAUUCAAUCAAAGAUAGUUUAAGGAGGAUUAGGAAGAAUGUUUAUAUCAACAUUAAUAAACUCCAAUUUAAGAAUAGAAAAUUGAUUCUUUAGAAUUCAUCACGUUUUCUCCUUCUGAAGAGAAUGUAAAUUAGAAUACAAACAAAUAAUAAUAAUUAAACAUUCACAUUUAUUCUCAAUAAGAAGAUGAUGACAGUGAUGAUGUUCAAUAGAAUCUGUUCAUUAGAGGGUAUUAUUCUGAUUCUGGAAUCACAUUGCGGAUUCCAUAAUAUACUAAAAAGAUAAUGACAGUAGGAUUAAAAGAUUUUGAAUUUUAAGAGGUAUUAGGAGUGGGAGCAUAUGGAGCUGUUUGGAAGGUUAGAAAAUUAAAAACUAAUGAUGUUUAUGCUAUGAAAGUGAUUGACACUCAAUAAUAAUCUAGUCAGAACUUUUUAGAAACCCUUAAGGCUGAAAGUACUAUCUUUUCAGUUCUUGAAGGAGAUUUCGUUGCAAAAGCUUACUAUUCCUUUAGUCAUUCAGAUUGUUUAUUUUAUGUCCUGGAAUAUGUAAAAGGAGGCGAUUUUGAUAAGAUUCUUAGAAAAUAUGGUGCCUUGGAUGAACCAAUUGCCAAAUUCUACAUUGGAGAAUUGCUCUUGGCCAUUGAGGCUUUACACAAAAAGCAAAUCAUUCACAGAGAUUUGAAACCACAAAAUAUAUUGAUAGAUGGGAAAGGUCACCUAAAAUUAACUGAUUUUGGAUUGUCGGAGAUAGGAAUGAAAUUAUACAUGUAGCAUUCUGAACCUAGCCAAGCUCUUAAAUUACAAUAAUAAUUGGAUAAUAACAUUAAGGAUUUGGUAAGCAGCGAGCCAAAGUCUCCAAGAUUUGAUCAUUGCAUUUCAAUUAAGGCCAGCAAUCAUAAUAAACAUAGAGUUGUUGGCACUCCAGAUUACAUAGCUCCUGAAGUAAUUAGAGGAGAAUCUAUAAGCAACGAAUCCCUUGAUCAAUGGAGUUUAGGUGUAAUCACUUAUGAAUUCUUGGUGGGUAUCCCUCCUUUUAAUGAUGAUACCCCAGAGAAGAUCUUUGAAAAUAUCUUACAAAGGAACAUUACCUGGCCAGAAAUUGGAGAUGGAGAAAAUUAAUUGAGUUUAAAUGCAUAGGACUUUAUUGAGAGAUUAUUGGAUCCUAAUUAUAAGACAAGGAUGACAGUUGAAGAAGCCAAAAAACAUCCCUUUUUUAAGGAUAUCAAUUUCGAUACACUUCGUAAAUAACCAGCUCCAAUCAUACCAGAUAAUGCACCUGACGAUCAACCUUUAUUAUUAAUAAAGAAAUAGAGAGAGAAAGAAAAAUUAACAAAACUACUUCGUGAUACUUCUAGCGAAAACUCUACCAUUUCAAAACUAGGCGUAGAUAACUUAUUAAGGCUUGAUUUACUUGUAGAAAUGAACUAAUAAAAGGCUCAUUAACUAAGAAAAAAAUAUCAUUGA